CAAGUGCGCCUUUUCCCGGGUCUUUACGGUAGUAGUGUUCUUACGAGGCUCCUCAGCCCAGAUGACAUCCACAUCAGAUCACGCACGGUCACAGAGCCGGUAGGUCCUCACAGCGCCGAGAGCAUCGCCAGGUCUCAUUACCUUUUUUUAAAAAGGCAAAAGCGGUCAUGGUGCUGGAUUUCAUCUGAAGACGUCACGAUGGCCUCGUCGCCCCGUGAGCUCACUCAGAACCCGCUGAAAAAAAUUUGGGUGCCAUGCAAGAACGGUCUUCCAGACAGACACAUUUCUCAGAGGAGAGUAUGUAUGACCAACUGCCCCACCCUCAUUGUUACGGUGGGCCUCCCAGCCAGAGGGAAGACCUACAUCUCCAAAAAGCUGACGCGGUACCUCAACUGGAUUGGGGUCCCUACCAAAGAGUUCAACGUGGGGCAGUACAGAAGAAAGUGUGUUAAGACCUACAAGUCCUUCGAGUUUUUCCGUCCGGACAAUGAGGAAGGUCUGAAGAUCAGGAGGCAGUGUGCUUUAGCAGCACUCGGUGAUGUCCAGCGCUACCUUAGAGACGAGGGAGGGCAGGUUGCGGUGUUUGAUGCCACCAACACAACAAGGGAGAGAAGAGGGACCAUUAUGAGUUUUGCCCAGCAGAAUGGCUACAAGGUCUUCUUUGUGGAAUCAGUCUGUGAAGACCCUGAUGUCAUUGCAGAGAAUAUAGUGCAAGUGAAGCUUAGCAGCCCAGACUACAUACACUGUGAUACGGACAAAGCUGUAGAGGAUUUCAUGAAGAGGAUCAAGUGUUACGAGAACUCGUAUGAGCCAUUGGACGAGAUCCUUGACGGGGGACUCUCCUUCAUCAAAAUUAUGGAUGUUGGUCGUCGAUACCUGGUGAACCGUGUCCAAGACCACAUUCAGAGCCGUAUUGUCUAUUACCUCAUGAACAUCCACAUCACACCCCGGUCCAUUUACUUGUGCCGUCAUGGCGAGAGCGAUCUCAAUGUCAAGGGCCGCAUUGGUGGUGAUUCUGGACUUUCAGUGCGGGGCAAAGAGUUUGCCGAGUGUCUGGGUAAGUUUAUCCGAGACCAGAGCAUUAAUGAGCUCAAGGUGUGGACCAGUCAAAUGAAGAGGACCAUUCAGACAGCUGAAGCUCUGAGUGUGCCUUAUGAACAGUGGAAGGCGCUCAAUGAGAUUGAUGCGGGAGUAUGUGAAGAAAUGACAUAUGAGGAGAUCCAGGAGAACUAUCCUCUGGAGUUUGCACUUCGAGACCAGGACAAGUACCGCUACCGAUACCCAAAGGGGGAGUCGUACGAGGACCUGGUACAGCGGCUGGAGCCUGUCAUCAUGGAGCUGGAGCGACAGGAGAACGUACUGGUCAUCUGCCACCAGGCUGUCAUGCGUUGCCUGCUUGCCUACUUCCUGGACAAGCCUGCAGAGGAAUUGCCUUACCUUAAGUGCCCUUUGCACACAGUAUUGAAACUCACCCCUGUGGCCUAUGGCUGCAAGAUUGAGUACAUUUCCCUGAAUGUAGAGGCAGUGGACACCCACAGGGCCAAACCAGAGGUGGGUACCUUUCGUGUGUCUUCUGGAAUGUUGAACCUCUCAUGGUGCCUUCAAGCCAGCCAUUUGUGGUGACUGUUGGUAUAUAGCAGUGGUACAAGAGGUGUGAGCUGUGUCACUACACGGUUGCAGGAGGUGGUGUCCUCUUCUGUUUUGAAUGAAUCAGAUCAUGCUUUCAAUUCUAAAUCAGCCACAGAUCAAAAAGAUGAGCUCAAGGCCAUUGGUGGUAGAUCUUUGCCAUUACUAGAUCGCUCCUGAAAGCUACAAGUUUGAGUGCUACCAUUAAAAGCCUACUUCAUUGGUGUCAAAGUGUCAUAGAACUGACUUACCCAGCAUUGCUGGCAAUUCUGUUCCUGCAAACAAGUUUUUGAAAGUCCUAGCAGGAAACAUUUACACUCUUGGUAAUAUAUAAAGUUCUGUAUCCUCAUUAUUCUUCAUAAGCAGAGAAUGUGCUGCUGUAUUUUGAGAAAUCAGUCGAAGUACUAGUCAGAUAUGGUUUUGUGUUAGCCCAGUAUGUGGACCUUUUGAGAAGAGAACUGUGGUGCCCUCCAGUUGGGUAAGAAUAAUCCUUUGGGAUUUGUGUUCUGAUGAAACAAUAGAAAUGUGUGAGCUUCUGUAAGUGGCGGUUAUACCCAUGCUACUGGAAACCUCGAACUCAGCACUAACCUGAUCCUUCAAACUGAACCUGUGAGUAAGUCUGUUCAAAAUUGGUGUGUGGUUAUCACCGAACUGGUGGCGGCUUCAGUGGCAAAAGAAGCUGUCAGGACUUCAUUUGUACCUUGACACCAAGCAUCCGUUUUGACUGCGACACAAGCUAGUUUUGAUGUGACGCUUCAAGGCUUACACAUGUCCUGAAUCUGAACCGUUUCUCGAAACAUGCGUUGAACACGUGUCAAAGCAGAUGCUGUCAAAUGGGUCGUUCUGUUUAACGACGGAUAGAUAUUUCUGCUUAAUCGCUCCUCGUUACCAGAUGUGCUUAACCCGACAGUUCCAGUUGGAGCCACACUAAGCUGUUUGUGGGCUGCAUGAACAUGUGAUAAAAUGACAAAACUGCCACUCUUGUGUUCAGAUCAACAAAGCCACGAGAGAAGAAACCCAGAGUGCUGCUCUCUCCUGAAGGCCCAGCAAACCACUGUCUAAACUUGACCCACCUCUCUUCUCGUUGUGCAGAAUGUUGACAUUUCUCGGCUGGCCGAGGAGGCUCUGCUCACAGUCCCCGCCCACCAGUGAGUCGGCGUGGAUUUGGUCGCUAAGCACCACCUCUCUGUAGAGCUGCUCAUCCACUCGAUCUGUUUUUCUGUUGCAACCAGAGAAAACGCAGCCUGGCUUUUCUUGAGCUCUGGCAUCAAGUGAACCUUUUACUUUCUACGAGUUUUAACUUACCUCAGCAAUGGAAUCCAGUUGACGUGGACUGUUCUUGGGCUGUGUGUCCAUGCAUUCAUGCGCACAUACCUUAUUGUGAGAUGCCAUUGUGCACAUGUGCUCAGUGCCUGUGAACGACUCAUCUGGGUUUUAAUGCUCCGUCCGCAUGUAAGGCGGACUUACGUUUUACAGCGCGCUCAAAGCUCUUAACACAAUCUUCCUCUUUGCUGUUCGAUUUACCCUAACCGUAGUAUUGCACAAAUUGUUUAUUCCUUAAAGUAAUGUAAAGUAUUUUGUACUCUAAACCAAAUGCAAUCAUCAGAAGUUCAAGUGUAGCAAAUCAGGGAUUUUUCUCGCUCGGUGCAAUUAAUGUGAAAUUCAGCACUUUGUAGAUUUUAUAAGUGGAAUUUAGUAUGACUCUGAUUUUUCUAUGUUCAUAUAACACUGUGGUCCUUUUGCAGUUAUUCGUGUGCAAAAUUUGUGACUGAAUAAACAAACACUUUUUAUGGUAAUUCAAAGUAGAAUGGAUACCGUGGUGAUGAGUUAAAACCAUCUGUGUGUGUGUGUGUGUGUAUGUGUGUAUAUAUAUAUAUAUAUAUAUAUAUA